AUGAUGGAAUCAGAGCACACGGAGAAUAUCACAGAGGAGAAGCCGCUGCUGUCCGAGCAUGCUGUGGGUAUCACGAUAUACAAGGAGGAAGACGAUAGACAGGAGGAGAUGAUUGUGCUCAAGGUCAAGACGCUCAGCGAGAAGCCGCUGCGUGUCGAAGUGGCGCUAUCGGCCACUGUAGCGGAGCUCAAGGAGCUCGUGAAGGAAAAAGCGCACGCAGAAGACAAGUUCCUGCGUCUGAUUCAUCAAGGCAAAAUGUUAUCGGACGAUAGCGUGACGCUAGCGAGCUGCAAAGUCAAGGACGAAGACUUUGUCCACUGUGCCAUGAGCUCGACCCCAUCGAAAGCGGCAGUCCAGCAGAUGCAUGCUAGUGACAGUGACAUCGAGGAGCGGGAGGACCCGGCCACACGAAGAGGCUUUGACCGACUCCGUGAUCGUCUCAGUCGCGAGGAGAUCCAGGCGCUGCGUCUGUAUUUCUACCCACAACUUUCAGUGUACAUCAGUCAGGCAGAACGCGUCGAUGGCGAGGGCAGUGAAGACCGGAUAUUUCGACUGGAAGACGAGUGGAUGGCGUCCCAGGGUCCACAGUCUGAGUUUGCCCUCAACGUUCAGCAGAUAAUGAAGGCACUGGAACGGAGUUUUUGUGGGGGGUUCUUGAUGGGUCUCCUGCUCGGUGUAUUUAUGCUUCUCAUGCUCCUCGACCGGUCUGUCCCUCGCAAGCAAAAAGUCGGCCUGCUGCUCGGUGUCAGCAUGAACUUUUUCCUGAGUGUCGUCCCGCGAGCUGUCUCGGACCAAUAA